UGUAAUAAAUAUUAGAGGAAUGUUUAAUAGUAAUAUAUCUGAAAGCCAUAAAAAGACCUUCCUUCCUUCCUUUGGAGCCUACUACUGCUUUCGUCGUCUCCUUCAACCAACCAACCAAAAUAUAAAAAAAGUCGUCAAAUUCACAUCGUAGCUUCCUCCAAACUCCUCCCGUCGUUCUCCUCUCUUCGCACGCAAUCCAAUCGCCGGAUUCUGAUUCACCUCUUUCGCCCACCUUCUACCUCCUUCGUUUUCGUGUUUCAGUUUUGGUGGAAUCAUCUCCGGCGAUUUGGGUGUUGCGUUCGACUCUUGGUUCUAAUCGUUGAGAGAGGAUAAGUCAUUAACAUGAGUUUCUGACAUUUUUCUCUUAGAGAAAUGGACGAAGAGUCUAGUUCUUGGAUAAGGAGGGCCAAGUAUUCUCAUACCGUUUGUCAUCGAAUCAUCACCCCAAGAUCAGACUCCCUUCCUGUUACAACCAACCGAGACAAGACUUCUUCCGGUUUGAAGAGAAUGCCUCUCAGUUCCCCAUCUGAUCUCAAGUCUCUUGUCGGACCUUCUCAGGCUAAGCAGCAAGCCACGGGUUUCACCAACAGGAAGAGGGCUACUUCUCCGUCUCCUCAGAUACCCAUCUCUGAUUCUUUUAAAGAAGCAAAGUCUGGUGUCAAGAGAUUCUCAACUCCUCAUCCUAUAAGAGUCGAAGCAACCAACAAGGGAAACUUCUCCCGCAAAAGUUCCUUUGAGAAACUAUCACACGCUCUACGGCCUCUAUCUUUCUCAGGUCCUUUAAAGGAUAGGCCCAAGAGCAGGAAGGAGAUGCGGUCUACAAAGUCUUUUGAUCAUUCAGGUAAUGAAGUAACUGCUAUGGGUGUGCUCGAAGAACACCGCGUUGAUACCUCUGAUCUCACCCGUGGAGACCUGUUUGCGCAUGGCAAGUUUAGCCAACUUUACCAUGGUGUCUACAAAGGCGAAGCUGUUGCGCUCAAGAUUACCAGAGCGUCUGAUGAUUGCGAAGAUAGAUUCUUGGGAGCUCGUUUGGAGAAACAGUUUACCAAGGAAGCCACUCUUCUGUCUCGACUUAGCCAUCCAAAUGUUGUCAAGUUUGUGGGAGUGAAUAUUGGAAACUGUAUCAUCACGGAGUAUUUAGCUAACGGGUCUUUGAGAUCAUAUCUGCACAAGCUGGAGACAAAAUCCCUUCCUUUGCCACAGCUAGUCAAGUUUGGUCUGGACAUUGCGAGAGGGAUGGAAUACAUUCACUCACAGAAGAUAGUUCACCGGGAUCUUAAGCCGGAGAACGUGUUGAUUGACAAAGACUUCAACUUGAAGGUCGCAGACUUUGGCAUAGCGUGCGACGAGGAGAACUGUGAUAUUUUAGGGGCGGAGACAGGAACGUAUAGGUGGAUGGCACCCGAAGUGUUGAGCAGGAAACCACACGGAGGUAAGUCGGAUGUAUAUAGUUUUGGACUUGUCUUAUGGGAAAUGGCAGCUGGAGCAGUCCCAUUUGAGAAGAUGGGUCCUGUCCAAGCUGCUUUCGCAGUCAUGCACAAGAACACUAGACCGGCCAUACCAAAGAAAUGUCCAGCGCCCAUGAAAGAUCUGAUUGAGCAGUGCUGGUCGGUGCAAACAGACAAGAGACCAGAAUUCUGGCAGAUUGUGAAAGUGCUGGAACACUUUGAAAAGUCGCUGAAAAACGAAGGGAGGCUCAGUCUUAUGCCGAACCAGAUAUGUCCACACGCUAAGAAAGGCAAUAAAUACUGGAGUCAUAUCUUCGGGUCAGUCCACCACCACGGCAGCAGCAACAACAACGAUACUGUAUGCCCUGCCACGCCUAAGCCUAGAUUCGGUUGAGAGAAAGACUCUCGACUCUCAUUUUGUGAAUAUAAAAAAAGCGUCAGUGGUUAUGUGUUUUCUUUUUUUGGUUCAUUUCAUCCACUGUCUCUGUCUGCGUUUGAUUUUGUUAGGACACAACCGUUGAAGCCAUCUUCAUCUUGGUUUGGCUUGGUCUUUUUGUGAAGUCAUCUUUUUCUUUUAAACUUGAAAUUGAUUUGAUUUAUUCAGAACAACAGUGAGAGAUUGUUUCAUGGAUUAUCACUUUUACUU